CUAUUAGACAUAACCUGUCCCUGCACAGCAAGUUUAUUAAAGUCCAUAAUGAAGCCACAGGGAAGAGCUCUUGGUGGAUGCUCAAUCCAGAGGGUGGUAAAAGUGGAAAAGCACCAAGAAGAAGAGCUGCCUCCAUGGACAACAGCAGUAAACUUGCAAAAGUCAGAGGUAAAGCAUCCAAAAAGAAGCCUCCUCUCCAGUCUGCUCCAGAAUCCACUGCUGACAGUCCUGGCUCCCAAUUCCCUAAGUGGCCUGGGAGCCCGUCCUCAAGAAGCAAUGAGGACUCUGAUGUGUGGAACACCUUCCGGCCUCGAACCAGUUCCAAUGCAAGCACCAUUAGUGCCAGGCUUUCUCCUAUCCUGACGGAGCAGGAUGACCUCCACGAUGAAGAGCUGCUUCCUUCUCUAGUGUACUCCAGUGCAUCCAGCAAUGUUCCACCAACCGUGACUGAAGAGCUUGAGCUCAUUGAUGGGUUAAAUUUGAUGUCUCCCAGCUCAUCUGUGUUAUCUACCCAGCAGUCUGCCUCGAGUGGUCAGAUCCAGAGAGAUUCCAGCUUUUCCUUGCGGAGCCCGAAUGCAGCUGGUCAGACCACUACUUUUGGCAAUUCCCUCUUUAACCCUGUUGAUAUCUCACUGCAAAGUUCUGUCAGCCAUUUCUCUGCCCCUCAGACCUUGGAAGCACUUCUGACACCCAGCUCACCUCCUCCAAGGGAUGUUAUGAUGACUCAGGUGGAUCCAGUUCUCCCGCAGACUGGUAACAGGAUGAGCAGCCGAACUCUUCUGCUUCUAGGUGGACAAGCCACCCAGAGUAAGAUGAGCUCAGGCAAUCCACGAGGAAAGCCUACAGAGCAGCAGGCAGAAUCAGUCGGUGCCAGUGUUUUGCCAUCAACACUUCCCAUAGUAACAUCACCUCAAAACACUGCCAGCAUCUCCAGUUUGAAGGCUCCAGUUUCUGCCACAACUGCCCAGUCAGUCCAGCUGAGCAGUCCACUACUGCUUUCUUCUGCUAGCCCUGCUCCCUUGGGAUUUAACCAGGACAGGCUGCCCACUGAUCUGGACAUUGACAUGUACAUGGAGAACCUUGAAUGUGAUAUGGAUUACAUAAUCAACAGUGAACUCAUGGAUGGAGAAGGACUGGACUUUAAUUUUGAACCCAUUCUGUCUACUCCCAGCUAUCCCAGCACCUCACAGGCCUCCAACCACACCUGGGUACCAAGCUAACUUCAGGAGCACAAAAAGUGUCCUUCAGGUUUUGAACAUUGGGUUCUGACUUCACUUAUCACCCCUGGCAGAGAAAAGAUGAAGCACGUUGGAUUCGGUUUCCCUGCACACCACACCUUGGGCAGAAGGGGCUGCCCACCUGGGAAGAAGGGACAACCUGCAUCUGGCUGCAACAGGAAGAGUUUAAAAAUAAUAAUCCUGUUAUGUGCCACAGCUCUUCCUACAAACCUGACCCUGCCUUGGACCAUUUGGAGAAACCCUGGACUGUACAUGUCCAAAGAGGAGCCUGGGUAAAAACCUCAGCCGGAAGACUCUGUGCCAGGCAAUAGCAUUUUCCCAUGUGAAGAGUUGGGUUUGCUGGAGGAAUCUCAAUGGCUAUCCUCUAUCUGCUAUGGCAGAAAGUCUCCCGGUGCCUCAAGACUGGCAGAGGGCUGGCUGUGCUCUCACUUGGCUUGCCCUCUGGGACGAAGUAGUUGGAUGUUUUGAUUAAGCCACCAGAUGUGCACUUGGUAUCCCACAGACUCGCAGAGGGAUUGGAAGGAGUUUGUUGGUGGAAGCCUUGUGGGAAAAGGGUGCGCUGUUUCAGGGGUUGGUUUCAGUGUGCCUGUCGCUGGAGUACCCAUCGUCGUUCUGCAGGAGGGUGGUGAUCAUGGUGUAGAAGGCUUCCUCUUGUCCACCUGAGUGGAACAGGAGGACAUCGAGUUUUUCACUGUGCCAACUGAGCCCCAUUGAAUCAGAAGCAUGUUUCGCGAAGUCCCUAUGCUGUUCUCAGCACUUUCCCGAUACACCAGGCUGCUGUAAAAUAAGCACAGGUGCUAAUAGCUCUUUCUGGGACAUAAAAACAUCAUUUAGGGUUUGUUUCUGAUCUGUCUUGCUACAGCAGAGAAAUGGAAAGCCUGGGUGUGGCCUUAACAGAGCCCUGGUUGCUUUUCAGAAGGGCAUUUUCUAUAGAUGAAAUAUUUUUUUACAAAUCUGGGAACUUUCUACAGUGAAUAUGAAGCCAAUGUUAAGUGUGUCCCCAUUAGGCGUAUUAGGCAUCUCUCCCUCUGAGAAGGUACCAGUGACAGACUUCUUUUUCAGAGCUGUAUUAGGAACAAAUGCAUUUGAUGUUUGAUAAUGUAUAUGAUUGAGGGGAAAGAAUUGGCAGGUCCCCAUGGUUUCAAACCACCUUGGGGAGGAAUUGUACAUUAUUGUAAUCUAUAUGUAAAAGUAGCUGCAAAUUACAUAGAAGCUUUUCUAAACAUUUUUAAAUAUAUAUUAUAUAUUUUAAUUGAAAAUGAGAUUAUUGGAUUAAAAAAAACCCCACCCACAUUUGCUGCAUCUGUCCCCUUGAUACCAGAUAACACUACAGUAUGGGAGGGGACAGCCCUAAGGCAUUUUGGGCAAAAAAGCUGAAAAUGUCAUUAGAAAAGUGGGAAGGGCACCACAGUGUAACUGGGGAAUGGCUGCUCUCCCCAGAACAGGCAGAAGGCGCCUGCAUGGCAUGGCACUCCGCCACAGCUACUCAGUCUCUCUCCUUGACUGGGCACUCCCACCGAGCCAAAAGCACGAUGUUAGGGAAUGCUAAUCAUUAACAGCGCGCUCAUUCUCAGCUAAUCCCUUAAGUAGCUGGACUGCAGCUGAUACAUAGAACAGAUUCCCUAGUCUGCUAAGAAGAUGGUGUGGACUGGAGCAUGCUAGAUCUGCUGACACUCUGGGUAGCCCUUAUGGGGGGCACAAUCAGUUGUAUUUGGUAGCUUAUUUUUUUGGUUUUCGAAGGUUUUUAUUUUAUUGCUGAAGUUUUGCUACUGCUGGGGAACUUGAAGCCAGUAGGCACACCCUUGGAGAUGUGCCUGGGAUCUUGCCCUGUCUCUUUGUUCUUGCAGGACAAAAGCUAGGAGUCAAGUGGUUAGUUCAAAGCAUUAGCUGACAUGUUCUUGUCACCUUUUUGGUGUUUGCAGUGGCAGGAUCUGUGGGAGAUGUGGUGCUUUCAUGGUGUCCCAGUAGGCUUGGUCUGGCAGAAAGCCUCCAAUCUUUCUGAAGAUGGUGGUGGCUUCUGUUCAGGUUUGCAUCGUGCGGUGCAAUGAGCCAUACUGUUCUAUCACCUUGUCUGCUCUGUUUUCAUGGGUUUCAUUUCAUUUUCAUUUGAGUGGAGAUUGGAACAGGAGUGGUUUUUCUAGUUACUUGCAACAAGGAGUCUUCAACAGUCUUAUCUUUAGCAUGCUCUGCCAUCAGAGCCUUUGAAUAGUUUGAUAAUCUUUGCUUUGAAGGCUGCCUUCAUGGCAGACCUCAGUGAUAUGUUUCAAAUUUACCCACAAUCUGCAUGUCUGGCCACACCUCAUUGUAAUAAACAAAAAGGCAGAUCCUAAACUGGGAUCCCAGAUCUUGCAGACUUGAGUCAUGGAUGCACAUUCUCACUGCAGUUAGUUUGAUACACAAAUGGAUAGAUACCCUUUCCACAAACACCUGAUGGCAUGUGCCUCACAUAAGAAUCAGCCAUUCUGGGCUGCAACUAAUAGAUCUGGUGGGAUUUGUGUUAUUGGUCACAUAAUAUGCCACCUCGUCAGCUUGGGCCCUGAGGAGAAAUGAAUCCUGUGAUCUCCAGAGCAAGUUGAUGCUGCAUGUGCUUUGCAGCCAUGUAUCAAAGGACAAGACACCGGUAUUUGUGGCCGUGUUAUGUGUGAAUCUCUAGCUCAUUUCUCAUGAAAAGGGAGCUCAGCAUUAGGAAGGACAAUAUUAGUAACCAGUGUUUCAGAACUGUAAUCCAAGGUGAGUUGUUUCUGGGUGGGUUGGUCUGUGGGGAAGGCUGUUCCAAGGUGUCCCCUAGGUGUGACAGCACUGGGGACCUGGCCUGACCUCUGGCUGCAAAGACCCUGGGGACAUAGGACAUGCUCUCAGCUACUGCACAUCCUCAGCCUGUUCCAGCUGAAGGAGCUGCAGCCCAGGUACACCAAGGGUCAUCAUGUUGGUGCCCUACAGUGUGAGUUCAUAAGAGACCUCAUCCUUUUAUUAAGGAAUGGAGCGCCUGUAUUCCCCCACCUCCAUAUUCCCAGGCCAGACCCCUGGGGAAUUGCCUGUGCUGGAGACAGGAGCACCUCUGGCUGGAGUCCUGCUGUACCAGUUGCUGACAGUGACAUCUCUGUCUUGCAGCAGUCUGUGCAGGUGCUCUCUGUCUCCUCAACACAACAGGAGCUGACAGUGGUUGAAGAAGCCUGAGAGCACACUAGUGCUGAGGAUGGUGUUUGGAAGACGAACAGUGCUCUGGGUGUGCUCAAUAAACCAUGAAUGUAAUGUUGCAGGCUCAGGCAAGCAGCUUAGCUUCUCAUUUGUAUGUGUAGCAGGAUACCUUGGAUCAUAGGCACAGAGGGCAGAGAUGCAGAGAAUUUGGGACUUUUCCAGCCCCUUCUCAAAUAACUUCCUUUUCAUAAACCUUGAACUUUUCUAGCCUGGAAUAUUUUCUCAUAGGACGUAGGAAACUUUAAAGUUCCUAAACUGCUGCUUGCUGACAGGGGGCUGCUCAGUACUUGUCCAGUUUUUUGUAUUCUUGCCCAAAGUGUUUGCUGCUGGAUUCAGGAUAGUGUCUUGGUGGAUCUUUGUUCUGCAUUAGCGGCACAGGCCCUGUACUUGUGGACUAUUUUUUGCCCUAAUGAAGGAUUGGGCUGGGAUUUUGACAACAGUUGUGAGCUGGGUGGGGAGGGAGGGGUCCAAUGACAUGGGGAGUGAUGCUCCUGGAUAAGUGCCUGAGGGGAGCGGGCAGGGGACUCCUGGCAUGAAGCCUUACAUUGCGCUGUGUGCAUUUUCCUUGUCCUCACUGAGCUCGGGUAACAAGUUUCUUCAUCUCCAGAAGAUCAAAUGCCAUCUUUCACAGCGUAAAGCCAUCAUGCAGCUCUGGGCCACGAAGGAUUUGGGUAACUAGGCCUGUGGAGCCUAGUAGGAGGUGGACGUUGCUUUUAUUUACACCUGGGUUUAGCAAAUUGCUUGAGCCUUCUUUAUACCUUAAGCACUAUACUCCCAGCUUCCUGUGAGAGUUUGGGAAUAUUGAAAGCUUGUUGGAGCCCUUAAUUUUCCUUGUUGGUGUGUCUAAAACAUGUCAUCCACUACCCUGUGCUGCUUUAAAAAAAGCAGUCAAAUCAUCCUGGUAAGUGAGAGGGAUGAAAGCAGUGGGAGCAUUCCAGAGCCCUGGUGUAUUCAUAAACAAGGCUCAUACUAGAAGCAAGUAGCACUAAUCAGCUUUUCCAAAGGAAAUGCCUAGAAAGCUUUUAUGUAGAUCAUCAUUUGUUAAUUUUCUUACUUAUUUGCUUAUUUAUAGCCACACUCAAAUGCUUCAGGGCUAGCCUUGCUCCAGGAAUGAGAAACCUGUGUCUGGUACCAUGGUUAGGAGUACCUUGGGAGUGGUGUCCUGGAUUGUCACCAAAAUAAUGUUUAAGUUUGGAUCCAUUAUCAAAAAAACCACAACAAAUCAACUUUGGGACAUGAGCGUGAACAAGGAUAGCUUAGGGUUUGCCUCAGUUGCAUGUCUAAUGAAAACCAUGUUCUAAUUAAUGUGGGGGAAAGCGAGAAGGAGGUGAUUCCUGAAGCCUGAAAGGUCUGUCCAUGUGAAAGCUUGGCAGCAUGUGGUAACCCAUCACCACAGUUGCUCACCCUCCAAGAAAGGGAUCCUCUCCAGUAGCCUUUAUGUCUCUCCCCACACCCCAGUGUGUCCAUAGUUGAUGGAGAACAAUCUCUGAUGUAAUCAAAAUUGCAUCUAUAUUGUGGUAUAAAGCAGGGACAAGAGGCAGCAGAAGCUGAAGGUUAAAGAGCUGAGGGUGUUGCAUUUAUGGUUCUCUGGCUAAGGCAGCAUUAUGGUGUGUGGUAGAACUGGAUGUUUGCAGCUGGUUCCGUGGUGCUCGGUGUGGUGCUACCCUGUGGUGCUCCCCAAGGUGCCUUGAGAGGUUUGGCUAUGUAGGAGAUGGGUCACUUCACCUGAAAGGAACCUUCUUCAUAAGGCAAGGGGGAUGGUUCUGUGAAAUGAUGCUUCCAGCACAGUGGAGUCUUCAUCUGGUGCGAUCACAGGAAAGGUUUCUGCAUUGCUAGCACAGACGUCUGCUGCACACAGGGCAGGCAUCACUAGCUGACAUAGUUUCCACCCCAUCCCCUCUGCACUCUUUCACCCAUUUCUCACAAUAAAUUUUUUUACAUAAUAAAUCUCUGCUUUUGUUUGCUCUCUGUAGCAGUGUAACUUCUGAACCAUUACAGGCUCUUUGUUACCAUCUGUGCUAGCAAGACUGUAGAAUGUGCUAGACUAGGGGGGAAUGUUUGACAAAUAAAAACCUGUAAUCCUC